GCAGCUGGUACAUCACAUUCACUCAGCACUCAUGUAAUGAUGCUCCCUGCACCCAGGGUUUAGAUCAAGAACUUCAUUCCACCUGAUCUCUUGAGGAGAUCAAUCAUACCCCUCAGAUUUCACUUCCCCUUCUAGGGCAUCUGUCAUGAACUGGAACUGGCUGCAGGCCCUUAUCAGUGGGGUCAGCAAUUACUCCACAGUGUUCGGUCGGGUCUGGCUCUCAGUGGUCUUCAUCUUCCGGGUGAUGGUGUUUGUGGUGGCGGCUCAGCGAGUGUGGGCUGACGAAAGGAAAGACUUUGAAUGCAACACUAGACAGCCAGGCUGCACCAACGUGUGCUAUGACCACUUCUUCCCCAUCUCCCACAUCAGUCUGUGGGCCCUGCAGCUCAUCUUUGUCACAUGCCCGUCACUGAUGGUUGUUGCCCAUGUCAAAUAUCGAGAGAUGAAGGACUUAAAGUACACCACAACCCAUGAGGGUAAACACAUGUAUGCCCGCCCUGGGAAGAAACGUGGAGGGCUGUGGUGGACAUACCUGGUUAGCCUGAUCUUAAAGGCAAGCUUCGACGCUGCUUUCCUCUACAUCCUUUAUUACAUCUACGAAGGGUUCGACUUACCCCGUUUGUUAAAGUGUUCAAUGGAUCCUUGCCCGAACAUAGUGGACUGUUACGUAUCACGCCCCACAGAGAAGAAAAUCUUCACUCUCUUCAUGGUGGUGUCCUCUGCUGUCUGCAUCUUGAUGUGUAUCUGUGAGAUGUUUUACUUCAUCUGCAAGAAAGUCAAGAAACGAAUCACUGAGAAAAUAGAUGAAAAGACUCGUGAGUUGAAGUCAUCGUCAACACCUCAUUCAAGGCACAAGUCUAGAUCAUCUUUGAGAGUGGAUCCAACAGUGUCUAACCAGAACCUGAAUAACAUCAAGACUGAGGAGACACCAACCACGAAAUAA